AUGCUACCGACAAGAGUCAUCGACGUGGGCGAUCUAAAAGAGCAAGAGCACUGGUCUAAGCCACGGCUCUUCAUGUCGAACAACGCAUCAGGACAGUACAUUGCCCUGAGUCAUCGUUGGGGCAAGGAAGUUGCAACAAAGUUGAAGAGUGACAACCUCGGCCGAUACCAAAAAGAGCUCUCAGUGAAUGAUAUGCCCCCAACGUUUCGAGACGCUAUUGAAGUGACACGCCAACUUGGUUUCCGCUAUCUUUGGAUCGACUCGCUCUGUAUCAUCCAAGACGACCAGUCUGAUUGGGCGCACGAGUCCCUUAAGAUGGGAACUAUCUUCGAAGAGGCAGUUUGCACGAUCGCUGCUGUCGAUUCUGUGGACGGCAAGGGGGUCGACCAUGGUUUGCUUCUAUCACGCGACAACGAUCCACUUUCAGUCAAACUCACGAUUCCCUAUAAUAAAGUACCUCUCAGCAAGCUAUCCCAACGGGUAUUCAAAACCCAUACAGCAGUCUACGUUUGGAAGAUGCGAUGGUUAAGGGAGUUACCAACCAUGAAAGCCUGCGACAGAAACACCAUCACGAUUCGUCCACGCAUAGUGUCGUCUUGGAAACGUGUUCCACGUUCCAACUGGUAUAAGAGGGGCUGGAUUUUACAGGAGAGACUCCUCUCUCGACGACUGAUAUAUUACACCCAGAACAAGCUCUCCUGGUCUUGCUUCACUGAAAGUGGUGAGGAGGAAGGCGGUGAUCCCGAAGAGGCUGCCAGAAUCCCUCUGCUUCGUCUGUGGAGAGGAAGUGGUGACUCAAUUUUCCCCAUCUGGCGGCAUAUCGUUUCAGGUUACCAAAGCUGUCAGCUGACCUUUAGUAAAGACAGGUUGGCCGCUGUUGGUGGUAUUUCUGCUCAGCUAGAAGCCCGCUUCUCGUGCAAGAUCUACGCUGGAAUUCUGUUCCACUCGCCUGGCGAAGCGGCGGAGAAUUUGCUCUGGUAUGCCAGUAACGCGCCUUUGCGCACCUUUAACGAAUUCCACGCGCCUUCCUGGACCUGGGUCGCUUUUCAUGGCGAGAUAUCGUUCUUCAUGCCGGUACCCCUUGUAACUAGCGAUCUUUUGAUAACCAAGCUAGACUUCAAGAUUCGUGAUCAGUGCGAGUCGGAGGAUUUAUCGAAGGAUUGCAAAGGAACUUGUGUAUCUGGGAGUGUUUCCUUCGAAGGCCCAGCCGGAAAGCUUACACGGCAAGGCAAGCUGAAGAAUUUGAAAGUUACGGAGGAGCUGAUCGACUCCAUGAGCGUAAGAGAGAUCCUGGCUAAAUUUCUGGGCCAUAGUCUUGUGCGAAACAUCCCCAUACCGCGGUUUGACGAAUUGGGAAACCAAGUUCAAAUCCCAUAUGACUCACCAGUCCCAGGUCACACAGAGAUACUAGUAGACAAAUGCGGCUGCAUCGUCGGGUUUCUUAUACCGGACCUCGAGGAAGAGCUUGAGCAGGCUGCAAGCGAGCAACAGAUCACAUGUGUGGGCGUCAAGCGCUAUCAGGGCCAGCAUGGGCAACAAAACGACACUAUCGAGAUCAUUGGACUCCAACCUAGGCCUGAGACAUUGUAUGAUGAUGCCGACAAUGCCUCAGUGUUUUGGCCGGUCGACCUUCUUUCCAAGGACCUUCCGGAUUCUCGCAUUCUCAUGUUUGGAUACGAUAGCAAGAUAACUAAAUAUUCGGCUGGAGCGGUCAGUGAAAAUAGCGUCUUUUCACACGCUAAAGAUCUUCUUUUUGCGCUUGGCCUGGAGAGGAUCCUCCAUCGUCCUCUGAUAUGUGUAGCUCACAGCCUGGGUGGCAUCAUCGUCAAGGAGAUGCUUUCACGAUCUUCAUCAUCCUCACGAAGCGAGCAUCAGAAUAUCCUUGAGUCGGUCAAGGGAGUUAUUUUCCUUGGCACACCCCACCGCGGUAGUGUAGACAUUGCCACCAAAGGGGAAAUUGCUCGGUCGCUUCUCAGUGCCAUAGGUGUGGCCACGACCCCAGUCAUUCUAGACUCUCUCGGCCUAAGGAACACUGAUCUAGAGAGAGCACAAGAGGAGUUCUCCCGGCUGUGGCAAACGAGUAACUUUCGGGUCAAGACUUUCCAAGAAGGGCUCAUUUUCCCUAAGUUUGGAAAGAAGCUUGUUCCUGAUUACUCUUCACUCAUCGGAAAUCAUCGUGAAAACUCUGAGACGCUACAAGCCGAUCAUGUGGAUAUGUGUCGGUACUCUGGAAGACACGACCCAAACUACCGCAAAGUCGUCGGAGAGAUCCGCUCUACCUACCUCAUGAUGGCAAGAACAAAGAUGACAGAGCCGGUUGGCCAAUGGCGAACAAAGAUCUACAGUGCAAUACCUAGUGUUGCCGUGACCCAACAUUCGGAGAAUGAUUUCCAUGAUCAAGCCAAUAAAGUAUGGCUCCAGUCAUUGUGGUUUCCAGCCAUCGAUAGACGAUACGAGACUUUGGGCAGUCCAGCUGAGCAGACAGGUCAUUGGCUUUUUGAUGAUGCGAUUUUUCAAGAUUGGCUGAACGGAGAAAAUCAGGAAAGACAUCAAGGACUAAUUUGGAUCAAGGGUAAACCAGGCUCCGGAAAGUCAAUGUUGAUGGGAGAAGCGUUCCGCCGAGCAAGCCGAAGACAAACAAAAGGUUCAGACCCGUCUCAAACAGCGGCUUUCUUCUUCAACGGAAAGGGUGAUGAUCUUGAGCAUUCUGUUGUUGGCCUUUUUCGAUCCUUGAUAUAUCAGCUUUGCUCCAAAGUUCCCAUUUUCCUAAAGUCCUUUCAGGAGGUUUGGGAUGCAAAGACCAAAACUGGGUGCUUUAUGAGAUCGGGAGCUAUUUCUUGGCAAGAGGCUGAACUCAAGACGGCCUUCCAAAAGAUGAUGCUCCAGCAAUCAGACAGCAAAGUAUUGAUCUUCGUUGAUGCUCUAGAUGAGUGUGACUCAAGUCAUGUGCGAGAUCUAGCCUACUUUUGGCGUAAGGUCACAAAGUCAGCUUUCGCUUCGGGGAUUGACCUGAAGGUCUGUCUAUCGAGCCGGCAUUCUCCUUCUGUCACUGUGAGUGACUGCCCAGAAAUCGUUAUGGAACAACACAACAGUCACGAUAUUUCGACAUAUCUAAAGCAGAGAAUCGAAGUCGGAAUUGGAAUCGAAAAUGCAGAAUGGCAGAUUUUAGAAGAGAAGAUUACAGAAAGGUCAGAUGGCAUGUUUCUCUGGGUAGUCCUGGUCGUUGAUGACUUACUUCGAAGCUGGGAUGAAGGUAGGAGUAUUGAAUACUUGACUAAGCGCGUUGAAAAUACCCCACAAGCUCUCGAUACUCUAUUCUCCGAUAUGCUUUCCAAUUCCACACACGAGACGAAGAAGGCUGCUGUUAAACUAUUCCAAUGGGCUACAUUAUCUACAAAGCCACUUCGCCUUCACGAGUGGCAUCACAUUAUGGGGUUCAUCAGAUAUCCGACGCCAACGUCGCUUGCUGAGUGGCGAUCAUCAGAUUACUUUACAGCAACCGAUGAGCAGCUGGUAAAACAGAUCAAUAAUCUCUCUCUGGGACUGGUGGAGGUGACAAGAGCGAUCGAGGUCCCGCCUGGUGCCUCAGGCUCUCAGGUAUCGUCAGUGGGUGUAGAUGCAGGGUCUUUGACUCACGAAUACGGAGGUAGUAGGAUCGUACAGGUGAUCCACGAGUCAGUGCGGGACUUCUUCUUGAAAGGCACAGGGUUUUUUGUGCUAGACCCGAGUGUGUUGACCCAUCUCAUCGGUCGUGGACACUUGUCUAUCAUGGCCACUUGUUUGGACUAUAUAAAAAUCACUGAGCUCGAUGCGUUGGUAGAGGCACGGCAGCGGGUCACCACUCAGAAAAAGAACCAAGACGAAGCACAGAGCCCGAUGUUAUCAACCCAGUCGAAUAGUGAGCGCCCUGUGUCUGUCUGCUCUCUCGGAAAAGAAAGGCAACCCCUACAAGGCAUACUCACCCCACCCCUCCAUCACAAGAGCAGACCGGAGCGCGCUAGAACUUCAGAUUCAGUCAUAACAGGCCUUUCCAAUUCGUAUCCGACCAUGAAUGUACAUCGAUGGCUGUCAGAAAGCUGUAAUUUGACUGUUGAGUCUGAUGUACUAAGCAACAUUACACGCGCUCAAAACUUGGAUGGCUCUGACACAUUUCAGACCCAGGUUCUAGAGGAUCACCCUGCGCUUUUGUCGUAUGCUACAUUCGCAAUGUUCGAACAUGCCCGCUUAGCGCACAUUGACGAGGCUGAUCUAACCCCAAUCCUUGAUCGUCUUGCAGACAAGACAACAUGGACCCGAUGGAAAUAUCUGAGAGAGGACGUGCCUGUGGAAGUAGACCUGCUUACUUUCUUAGAGGACUGGGGCCUGGGGUCAUGGAUCAGCACUCUUCACGAUCGAUUCAAUCGUGGGCAUGAGGGACGACGGAGCCCCGUUAGAGGAGACGUUUCAACAUCAGAAAUGAAUACUCGAAGACACACUCGUUCUUCGAGCCAUGAAACACCUUGGAAUGAGACAAAGCGGAGUACUCUUCCAGGGCCGAUUUCAGCGACACAAGUUGUUUCUCAAGAACACAGUUUUUCCGUCGGUCAGUCAAGUUGGCGCGAUGAGAGCCCCCAAAGUCUUGGCCGCAUACCUAGAAGCGGAGGCAGUGUGGCCAGUUUUGGCUCUGCCAGUAGCCACGAUGGAUACGACCUAAAUCGCUCGAGAGUCCAGCCUUCGGCGCCGGCAAAUUCCAAAAUCAUGGCAGAGAUAACGCUUGCAGGUUUUUACAUGUGCGCAUGCUGCCCUGAGAACCAGGAAAGGUUUUCUACACUAGAAGAACUCACGUAA